AUGAAUACCUCACGACCCUCCUCGAGGAAUCAAAACUCCGUCAAUCAAGGCACCGUCGCGGCCCCGGUAAGGCGUGCCAAAAUCGCCAGUUCGGCGCAAAUCAGUAUAUCGUCAGCUGCAUUCCCUCCCAAAACCGGCUCCCUUCCAGCCUCCAGCACAGUUACCCCAACGAAAUCCUCGCGCGGGUCGUCGUUCAACCAAACUGGAAACAAUGGAUACCCCACUAUCAGCGCCAACAGCACCAGUAACAAAACCACCAACCCUGUUGUAUUCAGCAGCAAUCCAAACAGCAACAGCGCGCCACCACGCCUAGUCUCAGUACGGACACGGUCUUCCAAUUCAGUGGCCACAGUGGCAUCCUUUCGGAGCACCAACGGGACAAGUAGCGGUGGCAGCGGAGGUGGAAGCAGUAACAAUCGCCAAGACGGCGGAUCUACUACAUCAGACGAUGGGACCGUCUCUGAGGAUUCAGAUCGAGCUGGAGAGGAUAUGCAGCUCUUCACGGGAGGCCAAGCAGGCGUUGGUGGAGGUAUCAACCUCCCAUUCGGAUCCUCCGGUCGCAACCCAACUUCCACUGGAUCGGUAAAAUUUGCAGCAGGCCCAGGUGUCGGAGGUCUGAAUCGUCAUAGGACAUCGUCCAGCACUGUAGGACUGAGCAGUGGGGACAGCACCACACCAAGUCGUAAGCCAGUGCGGAUCGCAGCAGGUGCGUUCAUGAGGAUCGACUCAGCCCCAAACCAUCAAUCCGGCUACGCCUCGACAUCCUCCUCCCACUCGACCUUGGGAAUCUCUAAUUCUUCAUCAACCACAGGAGCCCUCGUUGGAACAAGCAACCCAUCUCAUACCACUUCGGCAUCCAUGCCCUCCUGGACAACAGCUUCAUCCGCCUCAUCGCUGCUAGGAGGAAAUCCCGUCAGAAAUGGAUAUCCCCGAAAUGGAGAUGAAGGAUCAAUAGUCAGUAUGAGUUCAGCUGUUUCGAGUUCGACGCCCACGAUACGAUCCACGAAGGUCAACUCCACCGGAACCACAACAGCCGCAGUCGCCAACCUGGAAAUUUCAAAUGCCUCGCUCCUGUCGAUCAACCAGUCGCUCGAAGCGACCAUCCGAAAACAAGCGAGCGAAGUGCAGGAACUCAAAUUACGGAUGCAAUCGACACAUUUCGGAGAACUGGGAUACACUGCUGCGGAUUUAGUAUUAGCGCAGAGUGUCGAGGCGAUCGAGCUAACCGAUGCAGAAAAGCAAGAUGAUUUGACAUUCAAACGGCUCUGUCUAUCUAUCGACCAAAUGGUAUACGAAGCGAAGCUAGCCCUAGAUCAGGCAACAAAGCCCACAGGCGUCAAGGUAUUGACGCUCCAUGACAUGUUUGAGAAAGAAGUUGCAGAAGAAGCCGAAGAAGAAGAGGAGGAGGAGAAGGAGGAGGAGGAGGAAGAAAUCGAGUCUAUUGACGCGGAUGUACAGGACGGGCAAGAUGAAGCACUAGAGCAGGUAGAAUCACAGAACCAGAAACGGGAAUUGGACAUACGGGAUGGAAACGCAGACAGAGAUGUACUGCCACCCACACUCGACAAGAAUAUGAUUCCGCCUGCUCUUCUGGAAACGCCCCUCAGUAUGCCAUCGCUUUGUGUAAAAUCAUUUCUGACCAAUCUUUCAAGCACCCUCAAAAGGUGCAACUAUACCAUACUGUUCAUGCCCAACGAGGAUAAAUUGGUGAAUGCGAGAUUCUUUGUCAAGAUGGAUGUGUCUCAAAGGGCUGUAGUUGUAGAUGUCGGUAAAGAACCUCAAUUCGUAUGA